AUGGAUGUCAAAAAUACCUUUUUGAAUGGCGAUCUUCACGAAGAAGUUUAUAUGGUCCCUCCUCCUAGUUUUGAUCAUCAUCCUGGUGAAGUUUGCAAACUUAGGAAGGCUUUUAUGCGUGCUCGCCUUUCUGAUAGUAAGACUGUUGAUACUCCGAUUGAGCUCAACGCUCGUUAUUUUGCUUCUGAUGGUUCUCUACUGUCGGAUCCGAGUCUGUAUCGGACUGUUGUUGGAAGUUUGGUUUAUCUUACUAUCACUUGUCCUGAUAUCGCAUAUGAUGUUCAUAUAGUCAGUCAGUUUGUCACUUCUCCUACUACAGUUCAUUGGGCUGCUGUUCUUCGCAUUUUGAGAUACCUACGCAGUACUCAGUUUCAGACUCUUCUAUUUUCAUCUGUUUCAUCUUUAGAGUUAUGUGCUUACUCUGAUGCUGAUUGGGCCGGUGAUCCCACUGACCGCAAAUCAACUACUAGAUUUUAUAUUUUUGUAGGUGAUUCCCUUAUCUCUUGGAAAAGUAUGAAGUAG